AUGGGAGAACACGCCCAACCGCGCAGUUCUGUUGAGAAGGGAGCGUCCACGGAGUCCAUCCACGAGGAGAACGUCGAUGGCAUCCGGGUCGAAGUCCUCCAGGGCUCGAUGGGCCUGGAAAUGGCCCGUCGAUCCCAUCCUCCAUCGCCCUGGAGUCGGGCGAUGCUCCAGCUGUACGCAUGCCUGUUGGUGGGCUAUCUGUGCUCAGCCUUGAACGGAUUUGAUGGCUCCCUGAUGGGCGCCCUGCUUCCUAUCCCACAGUUUCAGGAAACCUUCGGUGCCGGCCUCGUCGGUUCCCAGGCGUCCCUCAUCCAGGGGAUGUACACAAUCGGCGGCGUCAGUGCACUGCCUUUUGUCGGCUUCUUGCUGGACAACUGGGGUCGUCGGCUCGGCAUGUUCGCUGGAUCCGUCAUUGUCAUCGUCGGGACCAUCCUGGGAGGAACAGCCAACAACAUGGGCCAACUCCUGGCCAGCCGAUUCUUCCUUGGCUGGGGAUAUUCUAUGGCAGCGUCUGCUGCGCCCGCCUACGUGGUCGAAAUGAGCCACCCUGCAUACCGUGACGUCCUGACCGGUCUCUACAACUGCCAGUACUUUGUCGGUGCCAUCGCUGCCGCGGGAGCCUGUCGAGGAUGCCUCAUCUACCCAGACUCUCGGGCAUGGCGCAUCCCCAUCUGGUGUCAGCUCAUCUCGUCGAGCUUUGUGGUACUGUUUGUGUGGUUCCUCCCCGAAUCGCCCCGAUGGCUCUACAGCCACGGACACCACGAACAGGCAUGGGACGUCAUCACCAAGUACCACGGCGAGGGCUCGCGUGACAACGCCUAUGUGACAUUGCAGAUCCGCGAAUACGAGAAUGCGAUCAACCUCGAAGGCUCGGACAAGCGCUCAUGGGACUUCCGGGAGCUUGUCGACACCAAGGCCGCUAGAUGGCGUCUGAUUUGCGUCGGAAUUGCCUCGUUCAUGAGCCAGUGGGCGCAGGGAGGCGUCACGACGUACUACAUGGGUGGACUUCUCAAGAGCGCCGGUAUCACCGAUACGACCACAGUCCUGGACGUCAAUCUCGGCUUCACUGUUCUCUCCGCUGGAGGGGCCUACAUCGGUGGAUUCUUCGCACAGAGACUGCGACGACGGCCGAUGCUGCUCGGCGCUUCUGUUCUUUGCGGCCUCUCCUUCGCCGGAUUGUCAGCCACAACGGGCGUAUACUCAGGCACCGAACAAAAGCCCGCCGCCACCGCCUCAAUCGUAAUCAUCUUCCUCAUCGGCUUCUUCUACAGCUUCGGCUGGACACCGCUGCAAGCCAUGUACUCCGUCGAGUGUCUGGCGUACGAGACCCGCGCCAAGGGCAUGGCCAUCUACUCCGUCUUCACCAACAUCGCCCUGCUGGUCAACCAGUUUGGUAUCGGCAACGCCAUGGAAGUCAUCGAUUGGCACACGUACAUUAUCCUGGCGGCGUGGAAUAUGGUGCAGGCCUCGUUCAUCUACUUCUUUGCGGUGGAGACGUGCCAGCGCACUCUUGAGGAGCUCACGGAUAUCUUUGCGGCGCCGAACCCUAGGAAGAAGAGUACUGAAGCGCGCAAGGUGUUGCUUUCUGAGGAGACUGAUGAGGUGCUGCAGGUCAAGGAGGCCUGA